AUGGUGGGGGUGGGUGCAAGGAUCCUGGUUCCGGAGAACAGUGCUACAGCUCCGCCACACGUGGCCAGUGCCGAGCGAUCACAGCUCCCUACACAGCUCCGAACAGAGCUAUGCCAAUGGCUCUCGGAGAGCAAAAGCGAGGCCCUCAUCGGCAAGGCAAAUUGGAGGUCACGAGCAACCCCAAUGGCUCUCGGAGAGCAAAAGCGGGGAUCCCCCACGAAGCCGCGGCCCGUGGUGAUCCGCAAGUGCACAGCUCCGAACAAGCACCAAGUGCAGAGCAGCACGCUCAAAUGGCUCUCGGAGAGCGGCCCAGUGGUGCCCGCCGCCGCCGCUGACCAGGGUAAUGGGCGGUCACUUAAGGAGGCUAGAGCUCGGUGUACCGGAAGCCGGACGCUUGAUGCAACGAAGGAGAACAGUGCUACAGCUCCGCCACACGUGGCCAGUGCCGAGCGAUCACAGACGGCCAGACGAGGGUCUGGCUCUGGAGAGCGGCGAACAAGCACCGUUGCAGCGGCCCAGCUGACCAUGGGCUGUGAGGACGGCCAGGAUUGUGCGGGCGUUUUCGUUGCACAGUACCAGUUUCAGCACGAGCUGCCGGCCGGAAUGCUCGAACAGCAAGGCCUACACGGUUGCCUUCUUCAGGAUGCCACAGGUUUGAGGUUCUUCUCAGGCGCUGAGAUCGCAGCCGUCCACGGGGCGGUACAGCCGGUGCUCCUUCUGGCCAGCCGUCACGACCAGAUGCGCUUGCUCGGAAAUGCCAUUGCUGUGCCGCAUGCUGCAGCUGCGCUUGCCCAGGCCUGCCGCUUGAUGCGUUGCCCGGGCGCACCUGACAUGAUGUUAGCGACUCAGUGGUGCCUGGCCGAUCGGCUGCGAUGCUCCACCACUGCUCUGAUACCCGUCACGACUGGCUGGAUCCUCUGCAGGCAAGACCAAAUCCCUGAGGUGAUACAGACUUUGCAGGUCAGCGAGCCCGAUGCCCUCCAGGUCGAUGGCCCAGAAGUGUUCGUUGAAGUACUGUUCCACACCCCAGGCCAGGAUGUUGCCACUUCCCUAGCCGCCCCUGCCGGCUUGCCAGUGGCACGGUUGAUAGGAGCUACGGGCAAUUACAGGAACACGGAGACAGGUUUCGAUGCACUGCCCAAGUUGCCCUCUGCCGCAGCCACCUGCUUGCAAGUUCCCGGCGCACCUUCCUUAAAUAUGAGUGGGUUCAUUGGAGGCUCAGGCGUCCAGAGUGGUCUCUGCACUGUCCUGACGCAUGCAACCGUCUACUUAGUAGACCACUCUGGGCCGCGAUCCUGGUCCCAGCUCUUGCAUGUUUUCCGUGCUUUGGAUCCCGACCACGACCCCAACUGCUGCCUCGGUGUGUAUUCCCUGUCGGGGCAACGACUCACGGAUCACAAGACCUUCGGCAGCUGCAUUGUUGCCCUCAGCGAGGACGAAGACGUCCCAGCCUUUUCGCUACGCCAGCUCGCUGCACAUGUGUCCAAGGUUGCAGUGUUCAGGCAGGACGACACUGUGUGUUUCCGGGGUCCCUCUUGCGCAGCGGGUGACCUGUGGAUGGGGUUCCCCUUUCAGCUGCUGUCUGCCCUGGGUUGGGGAUCUGAAAUAGAGGGCUUGCCGCCCAGGGACCAUGUACCUGUUGCAUUCCGCCUCCAGCCGCUGCAGGGCCGACCGAUCAUGCCUGCCGACUUGUUGCACAACCAGUGCCGGGUGUGGCUCUUCAUUUCCCAAGUCGAGGACAACACAUGCAGCAUCGGCGAGCCCGCCAUUGAGGUCGAAAUCCAGCUUCUUGCCUGCCGCUUGUGGAUCGGGCGCCUCCCAGGGGCUACCACGCUGCAGAACAUCUCGGACUGGUGGCAAUGUGCUUCCGUAGCUUGUGCACUUCCCGGGCGCCACAGGGUGUUUUCCGGCCCACAUCCCCAUGACCCCGCAGCUACCAUUGCAGAAGUCGCCGCCCAGACCACUGCCAGUGUGAUCCGGAAAACGGGGCACCUCCUUGUGACCAUUCAGCCGCAAAUCAUAGGGGGCGGGGUCAAGGACGAAAACGUGCAGCUGGCAAAAACGAAGGUUGCCACCCUGCUGCUGGACCGAGGCGUGAGCCUCCCUGAAACCUCGGUUACGGCUGAUAAUCUGGUUCCUAAGUUGGGUUCGGCCGCCUGCCUGAAAAUCCUGUCGGGUACUGACACCGCACAGCAAUGGCUGGAGCUUAAGAAUGUAGCCUCCACGGUAGGGGUGCCACUGCCACAGGGUGACAACCGCACAGAAAAAGCCGCGAAGCGGCUGCAGCGAGCCGUUCGGCGCCGGCGGCUCACUGGAUCCCCCGAGGUUCGGGCCUGUGACUUCACACUUGAGGAAGGCUCGUGGGUAGGAAUUGAUGGUGCCCCUGCGGCGAUCCUGCAGACCGCCUCCCAUAACAGCGAGGGCGUACUGUUGUUGGAUGCUCGGGAGGCCACGUCAGUCGACCUCGACCUAUUGCGCAACAUAGAGUCAGAUGCUCUCUGUGUUGUCAUCCCAGGCCACGAUUGCCCGGACCCCGAGUCCUGCUGCGGGACGAUAAGUGUGCCGGCCCGCCACCGUGCUAGCGGCCAGACCCACCUGCUUGCAGCGUGCUACCAUAAUGUCGGCUCCACUAACUUAGAGCCACACGUACAGCAUGGCACGGACAUCACCGUCACAGGCACCACCUGCUGCACCUUCUCCAUGCACAGCUCUGACUUUGCCCAAGAAGAGUGGCAAGAGGUUGUCCGGGCCCCGGUUCGCACUGCAGCAGAGGCCUUCCGCAAGGCCGGGGUCCACCAGGCCUUCAAUGACCCAUGGAGCCGGCAGUACCGUUGCGACGGCCGCCCAAGCCAACCACACCUUAGUGAUACCUGCAGCUUCAAUGCCAAAGUGACAACCGCGCUGCUACGGCCGCUCCUGCAGCAGUCUGGCUUCAACAGCGUUUUCCUGAUCCCCAAAACCUGGGACCGCCAACUACUGCCAGGCUGGUCAGUCGUUUGGCUCACUGGUGAUAAGACUGACUCUGCCAAACAGGCAGGACUGAUCGCUGAACAGCACGGGUUGGUCAGGUCUCGGGCCAGAUUUGGUGUCAGAGUCCCGGUGGCCUCGUUUGACAAAGUCUUCCGCCAGUUGCGCCCCGGCAUGGAGCCCCCAGUGUCCGUCACAGUUAAAACAAUGUUCAAAGCAGGCCCGUUCCCAGCAGGCACCACAGCAGACGAUAUAGUCGCAUGGGCGGCCAAACUGCAGUGGCCAGCAAAAGCACUUAAGUCGCUAGGCCCCACGUUUUGGCUGCUUGGUGCUGAGAGCCAACCGCCAGCACAGACCACGCGCUUCAACUCCACACCAGUGCUGAUCAGCGAGGUCAAAGGCAGGGAACAGAAGCGCCCGGUGAUCCAGGCGGGCGGCCCUCUGCCUCAGCCGCAACCUGCUGCCCAGAGCAGCCCUGACCCUUGGCUUGAGAACGAUCCUUGGAGCCAAUACAAGGCCACCACGGCCGUUAUGCGUCCACCGUCAAUCCCUGGCCCGGCGCCCCGCUCAACCAGCAGUGCGGCCCCACCGCUAGACCACCACCUUGCCGGCCGCAUGCAUACCACAGAGUCCCGACUUGCCGAGCUGGAGCAAAACCUUCAGGCCCUUAGGGAUGAUCAGCUCAAGGCUGCCGCUGAACGCCAGCAAGAUCGGGUCCAAACCGCCUCCGAGAUCCAGAGUGUCCGCGGCGAAGUGCAAUCACUGGGAGCGAGCCUCCAACUGCAACUGCAGAGCAACUUGGAUGGGCUGCGCAAUGCACAAAGCCAGCAGGAGCAACAAAUGAACUCCGGGAUGCAAGAGCUGAAAGCGCUUAUUUUGGCUUGUCAUGAGAACAAGAAAGCCCGCACCUGCGAUCACGACCUGUGA